AAUGUAGCCGGCCCGGCUUUCUUAAAAGUUUACUACACUUAUGAGACUUUUUGUGGUUAGGACAUGCAGUUCAAUCCUGACUCCUCUGUGUCGGGGUAUGGCAUAUUAUCACAUUGAAUGGAAACCGAAACCGUAUCCCUGCACAAAAGCCGAACGAGAAGCAGCUGCCAAACGUUACAACCUCUUACCUUCUGAUUAUAAACCAUUUGAGGAUGAUGGUUUAGCACCAGGAGACUACUUCUACGUAGAACCAUAUAACGCGCUUAGUCGCAGCCCAUGGGAACCCUAUGACUUCCCACGUGAAAGACGAGAUUUUAAUGACCCGCAACAGUUCAACGCGCAAAUGUAUCUUGCUUCCGGACAUAAUCCUGAACAACUAAAUGAAAUUUUGAAAGAACAGCCACUGUGGUAUAUACUGUUCAAGACGUUUGCACCGUUCUUUGGCCUUUGGAUGUUCUUAUAUCUCGGUCAAAUGUAUUGUUUCUUUUUCCCGCUGGUAAGUACUAUAAAUUUGAACCUCACUUUUCGUUUCAUAAUCGAGUUAUAAUAUUUACAGGAUCAUCCGAAAAGUAAGACUAGGAACUUACAAUUCCAUAACAACUCCAAACUUUAAUUUCUUAGAAAGUAGACAACAGGACAUCUUCAGCCACUUCCAGGCGGACUUAUAGCUACACUCUAAAUACCAACCAUCAUGAAUUUGCCUACCGACUUAUAAUGCGGUGAAAAAACAGCUAGAUAGUAGGACCAUGAAGCUAACAGAUUUGGGCCGCUCCAAUACUAUAUACUGAGCAAUCAGUUUGAGAAGCGUAAUGUUUCUAGUUGUUUGAUGUCUACAUGGUGUACAAAGGCAAAAAGUUCGCGAACACAACAGUUCACUUCUGUCAUGAGAUCAUUAAGUGGAUAGAGGUCUUCGGCAUUCGACUGCAUAUUUUUUUCGAAGCACUUUUCCAUGUGACAAAACCACUAAAUUCGUUACGUCAAAGUUAGGCAAGAAAAACAUACUAAUUGACAGCUAUAUCAGCAGAUUUGUACUUCGUAACGACCAUCAUGUGCAUGUAUAAGUGACCCCGAAAACGUCACAUAUAUGGUGGGCUAUACAUAUAAGGUAUAAUUUUGAAUAAAGUAGGUCGUUUCGAAAUCACACCUUGCGAAAGUCGUUCAGCAACCAGCUGACUAAACAAAUUCGCUUAUCUAAAGCAUAGUACAUACCUCAACAUUGUGCAGUAAAUGGACUUUUAGAUAAACUUAAGCCGGUUGUCCAAAGAACGGUUGCUAAUUUUUUCUCUUCUUUUUACAGAAAGCGAAACAAUAUCCACAUGCAGUGGACAAAGAAAAUCACUAUACUUUUGAAAAGCUUGGGUAGAUCCAUAUGUUCGAAUAAAAAGUAAUAAAGUCUUAGU